AAAUCAUGAUUUCUCCGUUGCGUCGUCAGGAAAUUCUCUCAUGUUUAUAGCCUUCAUCCUCGCUUUUUUGAUCGGGGUCUUUUCCGUUUUGCUUUUGGAAGCCUUUUUGCUUUACAAAUGGUGGAGUUCUGCAGGUGUGGAUGCGCAAAAACUUUACCCACAGCGCACGAAAGUCACCAAUCCAGAGCCUCUAGCAGAUUACUGCAAGAAGGAUCAAGCCACUGAACCUGAGUCAUGUGUUUGUAUAAACCUUCUAUUUUCCUUUCUGUGGAGAGAAUGGAGAGAUUCUCCACAGAUGAAAACAUACUUCUUAAAGAAGAUGAACUCAGAGUUCACUGAACUUAUUCAAGGAAAAGCAGCUAGCAAACUGAUUGAGCAAAUAACGAUUGAAGAACUUUCUCUUGGGACAUCACUGCCUGUUAUUACAGGUGCCACCAUCAUGAAGAUAGGAACAAAAGACCCAAAGGAAGUUGCAAAGGAGUUAGACAUUGCCUUUGACCUUGAAUAUACAGGAGGAUGCCACAUGGCUAUACAGGUUGAUCUUGUUUUCAACAAGUCUGUGUAUGUGGCAGUCAAGUUGGUUUCUCUGAAAGGCCGAGCCAGAUUACAGCUAAGCAGACAUCCCCUUUCACACUGGUCUUUUGCCUUCUACGAGGAACCCGAAGUUGAACUUGAAGCUGAGUCCCAGUUUGAAGGCAAGAACUUCCCUCAACUAACAUCCCUGAUAAUAAGCCAUCUUCGCAAGUCUAUACAAAAGAAACACACCCUCCCAAGCUACAAGAUCCGAUAUAGCCCCUUUUUCCCACAGUUGAUUCCUCAGGAUGAAACCCAGGAGGUGUAUGUUCAUAACAGCAGUGUCACUGUGGGUAGUCUAGAGGUCACUGUUGUGGGGUGUACCCGUCUACCUGAAUUAGAGAACGAGGCCUCUCAGUACUGCAGUUUGUCUGUGGACCAGCUUCCCUGGAGUCAACUUGUUGAGAACAGGAGAGCAAUGUGGCCAACAUUUGAGAUUGAGAUAAGUCGUGAGAACAAUGAAGUAUCCUUCGGUCUGACCUUGUGUAACGAGAUCAGUGAAGAUGAAUUGGGAAAAACCAUCGUGAUAGAGACAGUUGUAAUAGACUCCCCUGCAUACAGUGCAGGAGUUAUGGCUAAAGAUGUACUGGUGGCUAUUGAUGGAAAAAAGAUAGAGUCGCUCAAGCAAGCUGCUAAGCUGAUGAAAAGUAAAAGCAGAUUCACUGGUACGGUUCAAAGACCACCUACAAGAAUUUCGCAACGAGUCGAUCGCGAAAAGCCAGAGAACGAACAAGAUGAGAAAACUGUCGUGAACUUUAAGAAUGUCGCACUUCACAAUGACAGCGACUCCGAGGAUGAUUUUGUCAACAUCGUGGUACCACUGUUUGAAGUUGAAGACGACGAGCAUUUUUCUGAGCAUUCCUUUACUGGAGAUCAGACAUCAAGGGGGCAACCGACAAGGGAGACAAAACAGGGAUCACCAGCAUCCACACAGCGGGCGAACACAGGCCAGAUAACUCCUGAAGUGAACGAUGAAAAGGCGUCUGUCGAAAAGACUCCUUUACCAAAUGGCACCGACACUGCUUCGCCAAAACGUCCAAGGAAGGUGUCUGUUUCAUCCCUGAAGGUGAUGGACGGACCAGAUACCACCAAAACCACGCUGGUGUCAGCAAGCUCGGAUCCAGUCUGGAAUGAAACCUUCAAGUUUGAUGUCCAAACCCCUAACCUUCGAUACCUUAACGUGUGCAUAUGGAGCAAAUCUCAAGAGAAAAACGAGAAAGAUAUUAUACUUGGCCAUGUAACCAUUCCCUUGAUGGACAUUGCACUACGAUGCUUGUCAUUCUCGUCAAAGAGACACGAAGAGUGUUUCGUCUUGGUUUCCCCACACUCCGACAGGAUUAUAUCAAAUCAGCCAUAUCUUCGCAAUCAUCCCGGUCUGAAAGAGAGUCUGUGCUGUGGAGACAUCACGUUGAUUUUCCAUCACAACCCAUCUCUUACGGAUUGUGAUGAGUCAAUCCUUGAAAAAGUGGAAUCACUGAACGAGUCUGCACCAGAGGAUGAAAGUCAAGAAAAAGACACUCUAGAAAGUUUGGAGCCUCCCAAACAUCAGUUUAUCUUAACCCAGUUUCAUUUUCCCACAAGAUGUAGUUACUGCAACAAAAAGGUAUGGACGAAAGUUGCGUUCCAGUGUAGAACAUGUGCCAUGAUCUGCCACAAGAAAUGUCUGCGUAAUUGUAUGGAUUAUACGCACUGUGCACAACAGCAAUCAAAGUCAGCGCAGGACAAAAAGGAAGAAAAAAAUGAAGAGAAUGAAGGCAGUGUGGUGGAGUCAUCUGCACCUGAUGUAGCAGAGGCUUCCAGUGAAUCGGAUGAUGAAUUCUUUCCUGCCACAAGUGAGCGAUUAUCGGACGAAGAUGAAACAAAGUCAGAAGUGACAGAUGAUCCCGUAAGUGAAAGUGUUAAGCAUUCUGAAGAGACUGAAACUGCAGCUGAAUCAGACGAGAAUGUCUCCGAUAAGAAAAAUACGAAAGAGGAAGCGACUGCUAUCAUGAGAGCUUCAGAGCGAGUGAGAGAGGCUGGCAGAGAAUUAUUCUCCAAUCUUCCUCUGGAGGCUCGCAAAAGCAAGUUAGAAGACAUGAUGAACAAAUUACAAGUAGAGAUUGACGAAGAAAAUGAAACGCUUACAGAAUUGUACGACGAGAAGAAUAAAGCUAAGGAAAAGAAACAGAAAGCUGCUAUAGAGGCGCUAUUGGCCAAAUCAGAAGAAAGAAGCCAAGCACUAGCCAUGUUGAUGUUACAGUACUGUGCUGGUUAUCAGAGCUGUGUGGAGGCUGAAGAACUCGACUCUUAUCGGUUGUGAAAGAUCGCCACCAUCCAAGUCAACCUUUAAACCCAGGCUCUAAGAGUGAUCAGCAUCUAAUUUCUCUCUAAAUUUUUACCACUGAAUCAGACAUUAAGGUUUCGGAAUACAGGAAAUGACCACCCACUCAAGAAGUUCUAAUGUUGAAUUCUACCCUUGAUGAUUAACCUUAAAAACUGCUAAAACAUAUGAGCUAGGUAUUCAGUUUCCCUGUAUGUAGACUAAUUACUUUCAGAAGUGCUGUGCGUCUUUAGCUUUUUUAAGCUCAUUACGCUCAAAUAUAGGGAACGAACUCACGUCGCCAAAGGAGCAGAUAAUGCUCUUUUAGCAACAUGCUAAAUUUGAUUUCAAAUAUUCGUUUCCAGUGCCCUUUUCGAGUAUGACUUGGCUUAUGAAGAAUCUCUUUUUGUAUAAUUAUUAUAGUAUAUCAAAGGAACAUGAGCAAGUGACACUAAUCUUGCUGUUGUAUAUGAAAAAUUACUUAGUCUCUUGAAUAGAUUAAUAUAUAUGAUUGAUGUAAUUUAUAUUUAUAGAGAUUUUUCGUUUUGUCUUUCUCGGAUACCCAAUUAUUGAUUUCUGUUAUGCUUUACAGCGUAACCUCUGCCGUCGCGCAGCCUUCUUUCGCCAAAAAUGUUUUCUGCUUAAACGUAUCGUAGUUCACGUUGGUAUUUUUUCCCUUUAUGUCAUGAGCAUUUUAAAUUGCCAGAAGUAAUGGUGGAUUUUCUGAUGGAGGUCACAUUGUGUUAUUCAAAAUAAUAUUUAAGGAGCUUCUAAGAAAUUUUUGGCUAGCCUGUAGUUUUCACGUAUUUGAUGCUCAGUAUUUCUUUGUAAAACUUUGAUUUCCACUUUCUUUCUUUUUCGUUCGAUGGUUGAAGAAGCUGAGAGAAAAGAGAAACUUUACUUGGGGUUGGACAAUAAACAACAGGAAGAGGAGGGGGGGGGAAGGGAAGGG